AUGAAACUCCUAACCCUCAACUUCCUCACCUGCGCACGCAAAGCUUGUAAACAAGAACCUGCAGCAUUCCCCCUACACCCCCGCGAUGCAGAACUCGAGAGUGUGGAAAUCGAAAUGAAUGCAGAGUUUUUGAUCAAUGUGUUGCCGAGACUUGAGUGGAAGGCUGUGAGGAGUUUGGGUGAAGAGCUCGGUCUCCCAACCCUCCCGGAACAAGCACCAGAAGCUUCAGAUUUACUGGAAAAAGAUACACGAGAACCUACACAAACACUUAGGGAUUUACAUGCAUUGCUUGUGGAGACGAGUGUCGCGAAUGGAAAAUUGGUCUGUGGACAUUGUGGGCAUGAGUAUGCUGUCAAGGAAGGGAUUGCGAAUUUUUUGCUGCCUAGUCAUUUGGUUUGA